AUGUUUCAGAGUCUUCCUCUCCAGGAACCUUUUAUGGCUAUGCCUAAAUCUCAAGACAGCAAGUUGGUAUUGCCUGGAUUUGGACUGCCGCUUGAUUAUGCGCCGAUGGAGCAGAACAUCUAUGGAGUCCAAAAUCGCAGCUUAUUUCCGACUUCCCUGGACGAUCGGGAUAUUGCCAAGGGAGACGUCGAGAUGCUGAUAUCGAGCAGCCAGCCUGUCCUCACUUUGCGUGAAUUGGGGAUGGUCAGAGUCAUGGAACGCAUCACGGAUUUGCCGGAUUGGCAUAAAAUGAUAUUCGAUCCCGAAGUCGCGAAGACAUGGAAAAAAGAAGCAAUGUCGGUUGGGGAAGACAUCACGCAGAACAUGGCCGACUGGAUAAUCGAAGAGCUGAAAUUCAAAGCAACGAUCUAUGAGCAUACCCAUGUCGUCUCACUUUACAACGGUGACGUUGCCAAAUCUGAUCAUACUGUGCCUGACUCGUUCCGAGACCAACUCAAGACAGCGAUCAGAGAACUUGACGAAGUACCACCAGAUAUGAAGUUCUAUAAUCCUGGGGCUCAGUAUGUGCAACGGGAUCUCGUUCCUACUGCUUUCUUUCCGCUGGUUUAUGGGCGAACUCGCAUCCUCAAGGACAAAAUCAUCGGGCUAGAUGAUGCGUUGGAAAAUGCUGGGCAAGGAGUGGUCAUUCCAGUUCCCUCAGAGACGUUAGCGCGCGAAGCUAUGACAUGGAGAGUCGCGGCUCGCGCCGAUCUAACCAUCCAACCUUAUAGUCGCAAGUUCCAGAUACUCCCGACUGACCUUGAGCUGAAGGAAGAUGGUAAAUGGCACAUUGUCAGCUAUAUCAACAAUCUACAUCCGGUGAAUCAUCGCAGUAUUUACGCGAUGAUUGAAGAUCUGUUCAAUAUGACCGUGUGUCAGUGGAACGCAACACUGACACCGCUCAAGGACAUGCUUCACUCGCGUGCGCGUAUUGAGUUCAAAAAAGCUGAAUACUACCCCAUUUCCAAGGAGGUGGAGGAGCAGUUACCCAAAACAAGACCAGGUGAGGCACAAGCUGAAUAUGAAGAUCGACUAGAAGCAUGGAGGAUGGCGCAUAUGAAAGUGGUCCAGCCCGAUGCCGGCAAGUUUCUUCCUUGGGCGGUGCCUCCUUGGAUGAUGUCCAUGUUGCCUCCGGAUCUGCCAACUCCAGUCCGAAUUGAGCAGGGGGUGGAACUGGACAAAGACUACGGACGGCGCGGGCUUCAGUUCUUUCUUAGGAUCGCUAGUUAUGACUUGACGCCGGAGCGCCCUUAUUUCCAAUCUGAUUGGCACUGCGAGGGCCAAAUGAACGAACAUGUGAUCGCAAUGAUGCAUUACGUCUUCCACAUGGAUAACGUGCAAGAUCCCGUGCUAGAAUUCCGUCAGAUAUCCGAAAUCGCCUCUCUCUUAGACGUCGAACAUGAGCACAACGACCACGCGUGGCUGAAGCAAGUCUACGACCUCGAGGUCGGUGAACCCUCUGUCCAAGUAAUAGGCAAGAUCAGAUCGACUCUUGGCCGAGCCGUCACCUACCCGAGCACCCUCCAGCACCGCAUGAACCGGUUCGGUCUCGUCGACAAGACCCGGCCAGGCUCUGCCAAGGCAGUCAUCAUCUUCCUAAUUGACCCGAAUGUCCGGAUCAUCUCCACGGCCAAUAUCCCGCCGCAGAGGCUCGAUUGGACUUUCGACGGUGUCAACCCGCAGGAACUGGACGGGUUGAACCACAUGCUGGACAAACUCACCCGGGAGUUCAGGGAGAGGAAAGACAGUCUGCCCAUCUCGAUGAAUGAGGCCAGGAGGUUGCACGACGAGGUCUACUGGGAGAGAGCUGAGUACACCAAGUACCAACAGGCUGCGUUCUGUUCGAAUCUCGUCAGUCUCUAA